AUGUCGAUGUUAUUAUCAAUUCUCUCCAAGAAGAAUGGAGUUUCCCUAGGCUCGAAUUUUAUCAAAACAAGUGCAAGGUCCUUUGCAUCUUCAUCGAGGUCCUAUUGGGGUGGUUAUGGUAAAGGUAGCACAAAAGAUUAUUCUACUGCUGCCUCUCCUUCGGCAACAGCAUCUGCAGCAUCAAUGAAUUAUGAUAGUGCCUUGACAAGUGUAUCCCAUUAUAAUAUAGCAGUGGCAUUUCAGCCUAAAAACCGUGAAGAAUCCAAUUUAUUUAAGAAGAAACAGCCAAGCCCAUCAUUGCAAUCACCAUCAGGAGAAGAUAAUUUAUUUGUUUCCAAUGAAAAAGCUGGUUGCAUAGCCGUUGGUGUCGCUGAUGGUGUGGGAGGUUGGUCUGAGGCAGGAUAUGAUUCGUCGGCCAUUUCUCGUGAACUUUGUGCAUCACUUAGGAGACAAUUUGAAUCAGGUGCUGCGAGUAAUCCAAAGCAACUAUUAUCCUUGGCAUUUAAAGAGAUUUUGUCUUCUCCACAAGUAGAAAUAGGAGGAACUACUGCCUGUUUAGGUGUGCUCACGUCUGACCUAAAAUUGCAUGUUGCUAAUUUAGGCGACUCGUGGUGUGGGUUAUUCAGAGACUCUAAAUUGAUAAAUGAAACCAACUUCCAGACGCAUAACUUUAACACUCCAUUUCAAUUGGCUAAAAUCCCUGAGGAAAUUGUAAGACAAGCAAAAUUGCAGGGCAGAAGAUACAUAAUUGACUCGCCUGAAGCUGCUGACGAGUACACUUGGGACUUGAAAAGUGGGGACGUGGUUAUGUUUGCUACAGAUGGAGUAACAGAUAAUGUGAUACCCCAGGAUAUAGAAUUAUUUCUUAAGGAUCAUGAGGAAUCUAAUCAGUUGGACGAGGUAGCCAAUAGAUUUGUGAAAGAAGUAGUAAAAGUAAGCAAGGACAGCAAUUUUCCAAGUGCAUUUGCUCAGGAGUUGUCGAGGCUAACAGGUCAAAAAUACCUUGGUGGGAAAGAAGACGAUAUAACAGUUGUGUUGAUAAAGGUUAAAUAG